GUGUGCGUGCCCUGUUUUGUUACAAUGCUUGUGUAAAAACUUGGAAGCAACCCACCCUGCAUCUAAAAAUGAAGUGAGUGUGCUGUCAGGGUGUGCUGCUCGUCUACCCGACGACUGCGUCACUCUCUACUGCACUCUCUGUUCAUCUACUCUCUCUGGGCAAAAUUUUGCAGAGGAUUUUCUGUUCGUUGGUGUUUGUAUUUGUAGGAUUUAAGCUGCAUAAACCUACAAACUUCAGUGUUGGAGUUUUUACGAAGGCUGGUGGGUUGUUCUGGUUGACUAUGUAUUGGUAAUGACACUGCUAUGAGAGUGGCUGAGAGGAGAGGGAUGCAGUGACACCAUGGACAAAGCCACAGUCUGGAACAUCCCUGAUUUCUCAGCUCCCUGCAGAUAUUAUUGUGACUUCCCUGAGAGCUCAGUAAGUCUGAUGACUCAGUGAGCCUGAUGACUGACCUAAUCUUAGAUUCCUUGGACAAAAUGUCGGUGUGUGUGCAACCGACCUGUAACCCCACCCCCUCCGUUGAUGUGACCAAUCACAAUGGUUCCCCGGUUAGCCCACCAACUUCGUUGAACCUGCGUUCCUCGCACAACCAGCUCCUGAGCAGUGAACUGACGAAGCAGGGUUCAUCCACGCCUCCAAAAUGUCGCAAGAAGUACGCACUCACCAGCAUCCAGAGUGCCAUGGGGCUAAACCAUGUGGCGCCUGCCGACCCAGACACUGCUGAGCCCACCUCCAAUUCCAAGCAGGCCAAAAAUGGGGCCAAUCAGUUGCGUAAAGCUGCUGAACAGCAGGACCCCAACAAGAACUCCACAGAUGAGGACGCACAAACACACACAGAACCUGAACUUAGCACUGAACAUGAGUCUCACAUGGACUUGGACUUGGACAACUCUGUGUCCAGUGAGGACGCAGCAGACCUUAACACAGCCGUGGAGGAGGAGGACCGCAUCUCCAAUGCUUCACUGGCCGAUUCGGAUGACCUCCUCAUCUUGUCUGAACUUGAUAAGGUGGACGACAACGAAAAGGGCACAACAAAGAACUCUCCGAUUCCGCACCGGAAGUCGCCUUGCCUAGAAAACGAGUCGCCCAUCAUCAUGGACAAGAUCUCUUCUGAGGAGAAGAGUACCAGGCUGCUGGCGGAGGACGAUUCGCUGCAGCAGGAUUUAACACAAGUUCUGCUGAAGCAGCCUCGUCCACCAUCGCCGCCCAAGCAGCCUGUAUCUGAGGACACGCCCCUCUUGUCAUCGUCGUCAUCCUCCUCUCCAGAGGUGAAGAAGGAUAGGCCACGCACAGGAGCCAAGACUGACUGUGCACUCAACCGCAUCCAGAGCCUGGCCCUCAGUGAUGAGGAGGCCAGCUGGACCACUCUCUCCCAAGACAGUGCCUCCCUUGGCACUCCAGAAGAACAUGAUAUUUGGAGCGAACAGGCAUGUCAUACAGACCCAGACCUUCCCCCGGGAUGGAAGAAGAUCACAGACAUGGCGGGCAUCUACUACUGGCACAUCCCCACUGGCGCCACCCAAUGGGAACGCCCGGCAUCCAAACCUAUGCCAUGCCAAAGUGCCUUGCCCGAGUGCCAUACACACAAACACUCCUCCAGUUCCCUCACACCUUCCCCCACUCCAGAUCAAGAGGCAGAGGUGUUCUUCAGAGAUGCGUCCUUGCGCUCAGGCAGCUCUGCUUCGGAGAGCUCUGUGGAGCCCAUUCCUAUUCCAGACUCUGAUGUGUCCACCUGUGGAUUUGUCAACAGCUGUUACUUGCCGCGGUCCUCAUCUGCGCAUCACAUGCCAGAUGAAGAUAAGAACACUCAGGCACAACACCCUGAGGAGAAGAAACAGUCCUGGAGUGAGUUUGCUUUGGGCUCUGGUGGAAAGAUUGAUAGUGAGAUCUGGAAGGAUCUGCAGGCGGCCACCGUCAACCCUGACCCCAGUCUCAAAGAGUUUGAGGGAGCGACCCUCCGUUAUGCUUCCUUAAAGUUGAGAGAUCCCCCACAUAUGGAGGAGGAGGAGACCAACAGCAUUAACAGUGACCCAGAGGCCAAGUGUUUUGCUGUUCGCUCCCUUGGAUGGGUGGAAAUGGCAGAAGAGGACCUGGCCCCGGGAAAGAGCAGUGUUGCUGUUAACAACUGCAUUCGCCAGCUUUCCUACUGCAAGAAUGACAUCAGGGAUACAGUGGGCAUCUGGGGAGAGGGGAAGGAUAUGUACCUGCUGCUAGAGAACAACCUGCUAAACCUAGUCGACCCAAUGGACCGCAGCGUCCUGCAUUCUCAACCCAUUGUCAGCAUUCGUGUGUGGGGUGUGGGCCGCGACAAUGGCAGGGACUUUGCAUAUGUAGCACGAGACAAAGACACUCGCAUUCUGAAAUGUCAUGUGUUCCGCUGUGACACCCCUGCCAAGGCCAUCGCCACCAGUCUGCAUGAGAUCUGCUCCCGGAUCAUGGCAGAGCGGAAAAUUGCCAAAGCAGCCAUGGGUAGUGCGCUGCACGACAGGCAUACAGGAGGAGUAGAUCUUCCUCUCGCAGCCGAGUUCCCCACUCCAAAGACUGAGCUUGUCCAGAAGUUUCAUGUUCUGUACCUUGGUGUGGUGUCUGUGGCCAGACCCAUUGGCAUGGAUGUUCUAAAUGGAGCCAUAGACAGCCUGGUGACAGCAUCGUCACGUGACACGUGGACACCAGUGAUGCUGAAUGUAGCUGAUGCAACUGUCACUGUCAUUAAAGAGAAGGAAGACGAUGAGGUGCUGGUGGAAUGCCGCGUGCGCUUCCUGUCCUUCAUGGGUGUUGGACAUGAUGUUCAUGCCUUUGCCUUCAUCAUGGACACGGGCAACCAGCACUAUGAGUGCCAUGCCUUUUGGUGUGAGCCCAACGCUGGGAGUGUGUCAGAGGCUGUUCAAGCAGCAUGUAUGCUGAGGUAUCAGAAGUGUUUGGUGGCUCGUCCUCCAUCUCAGCGUCCGUCUGGAGCGGCGCCUCCUCCUGACUCUGUGUCCCGGCGCGUUUCGACCAGCGUGAAGCGAGGCGUUCUGUCUCUCAUCGACACUCUCAAGCAGAAGAGGCCUCUACAUGAGCAGCCCCAGUAAAGCCCCCUCCACAAUCCAACCAUCCCCGAUGCUCCCUGACCACCACCAUGACCCUGGGAACCGUAACCACUGAAACCUGAGGUAUACCCUCCACUCCUAUAGACGUGUCCAUCUGUACAUAUCACACAGAGAAGAACCAGCAAAGACAAGACAUGAGCAAACGCAGUGGAGUAUACUGAGAACACAAGGUUGGCUCCCAAAGGGAACGGUUUAUAACCUGACAUCAGCUUUAACUUGCCAGAGUAUGCACAUUGGAGUUCAUUUCUCACCUUCCGUAAAGCUGUCCACUAUCCACCACCCCAGACUGAAACCUGAUCAUCAGAUUUCCACAUGGUAUUGUGUAGACACAGAGCAGAAGGGAGAGAUCAUCAACAUACAAAUGACCACAUGGAACCCACAAUCCUCUAUCCGCCUGCAGCCUCCCUUGGACAACAGUGAAAAAAAAAACCUGCACAGACAAACCCGAUUGUAAUAAUGUGUCAAAACUAGUGUCAGACCUGCAUGAGUGGAUGGAUGACUUGCCAGGUUUUAAUCAAGACAAUGUCUUGAUGGGCACUUCCAGAACACGUGUUUAAACAUACAAGAGUACUCCUCCGCUUUCUGUCUCUCUGUCCCUCCGUAUAUGGUCGUGACUCAGUAUAUGUACCUGUGGUCCUUCCCAUUUUCUGUAGCACUCCUUACCUUUCCUCUCCCCUCCGACAGAUGGUUUAUGUGAAAAAGGUGUGUGUAUGUGCGCGCGUCUGUGUGUGUGUGUGUAAUAGUGAUUACCACUGCAUUUGUUUACCCUAUUAUAAACUGUUCAUUUUCUUUGUUUGUUUUUUUGUUUUCUUUUAUAAAAACUGAUUGCAGAAAGCCCUCUACUUGGAAUACUUAAACUCUGGCCAAAGUGUAAAAUAUGCAGUGUAUGUGUUGUAGAUAAAACAGACAUGGACAAAAGAUUGAUGAGAGAAAGAAACGAUGAUUGUUUAUAUAAUGUUUAUUUUCUUGUUGUUCCUAAAGCUAAACUAGACAAUGACUGAGCAUCUAUCUAUCUAUGCAUUCUUUGGAUAUGAGCAUCACCUUGCCUCGCAUGUCCCAGAGUGAGUACCGAACAGAAGUGAUAUUUUAUUUUAUUUAUUCUCUUUUAUAUUGGUUAUAUAAGCUGUUUUUCUUUUGGUUCAGCCAAACAUCUUAAGGCUUUGACUCAGUCUCAUGGACUCCGCAACUCACACUCAUUUAUUGUAUGGGAAAAGAAUACGCAGAAUUGCUGUAUACACUCAACAGUAACCAAUAUAUCACCAUUUGGAACGGGGCAAAAGAAAAGGCAAAUGUCAUGGUGUGGCCCAUCCCUGAAGCUAGUGCCUGACUGCUUCCCUGGGGUGCAUUUCUCGAAACCAUAGUUGCUUACUACGUUAGCUACUUUGUUGUUUUCAAUGCAAUUUCCCAUUGGCAACUACCCAAGUUGCUAACUGGCCAACAACUGUGCUUUAGAGGAACGCACCCCAGAUCUCCUUCUUUUUGCCUAUUAUCAGUUGCCUCUGAAUGAACUGGAGGAACAAACAAGAUGAACAUGACCAGUCAGUAAGAGGAUCAGCCAUGUUUUUUGAAGAGCUCAUUUAAGUGAUGUAAUGUGAAGAUAAGCUGGAGUGGUUUCCCCUGCUCUCUAAGAUGAGCAGCAUCAAAUCGCUGUAACUUCCUGUUUAUAAACCAAGGGAGUACAGGUUGAGGUCAAGGAGAAUGAUUAUGUAAAAGUUGCCUUAAAUCCAGUCUAAACAAGUCUAACAAUCCAGUUUAGUGUGAUUCUGUGAAUUUUCCCUAAUAUGAUGCGAGACUGUGAAACAGACAAAAUAACUUUAGUGAUAUUCUACCAUGAAUGAACAAAUUUAACAUGAUACUGUACGGUUCCUCGUGCAUUCAUUAAUUUGAAGAAGGCUGAAGGACUGCUUUUGUUAAGCAAUGCACAUGCUCAUUGGAGAAUUUCUAUAGAGCCACCUUCUUUCUUCCAAAAUAGACUGUUUUGAAGAGCCCUCUAGUCACUGAUUCACCACUCAAAGUACUCCGAUCGAUUUAACUACACAAGUUGUUGAAUGCUGAUUAUGGGCACAAAUUGUCCCACACACCAUGUACACAGACAUUGGCUUGUUUAGCUGACCACUGAUUUGUACGCCAUAGUAUAUAUGUAACCUGUUCAAAUAAAGAGCAUAUUCAAAAUCA